AUGAAGGACGCAUGGGAUACUAUUAUCGACAAAGAGUUCUGGGCGCGCGUUGGGACGGUGCUCGAUGUGCUUCGUCCGGUCUAUAAGCUGUUGCGGAAUGUUGACGGCAAUCAGGAGGUGAUGGGCAAGAUCUAUGACAAAAUGUUUGUUUUGGAGGACGCGGUGAAGGAGGCGUGUAAGGAGCUGACCGAGGAGGAGAAGGAGGAUGUGACCGACAUCGUGCGGAAUCGGUGGAACAACGACAUCAACUGCGCGCUUCACGUGGUCGGACGGAUUCUGUACCCGCCAAACCAAUGCGAGUCAAUAUUUGGAACGGACGUGGAGUGUACCAAGAUCUUCAAGCAAUUCAUUCGCAAUUACUACAAGGGUGAGUUCGUGAAAAUGGGAGGGGUGAUGGCGCCACUCGCAACCAUCGUCGAAAAAGAGGACUUGACAUACACCAAGGGGAAGGGAGACAUUGGGGAGCAGAAAGCGCGUGAUGAACAUGAACUCAUCAAAGCUGGGCUUUUGGAUUCGGCGCAUUGGUGGGAAUUCAAUGGCACGGACGUGCCCCACCUCUCCAAGCUUGCAAGGAGAGUUCUCAAGCAAUGCGUCUCAGCCUCCCCUUGCGAGACGAAUUGGGCCGUUUGGGAGUCAAUCCAUACAGCUCGUCGUAAUCGCCUUGGAGCGAAACGUCUUGCCGACCUUGUGUACGUGAGCCACAACUAUCACACAGUGAAGAAGUUGAAUGAGGAUCUUGCUAAGAAGCUGGUGGUGAGUGGGCUUCCUGAGAUCCAAGUUAAGGAGGAACCUACUGACAGCUACGGGCAUCUCGAUGACGACGACAUCCCUGAUGAGGCAUAUCUUGAUGGCCAGGAAGCGGAAGAGCCGAAGGACUGCCCCACCCCACCUUCUCGUGCUCCAUCCCCCUUACAGUACUUCCUCUACCAGCUGCUCCGCGGUCUCAAGUACGUGCACAGCGCCAAGUACUUUCUUUACCAACUCCUCCGCGGUCUCAAGUACGUGCACAGUGCCAAGGUGCUUCACCGUGACCUCAAGCCCUCCAACCUGCUGCUCAACGCCAACUGCGAUCUCAAGAUUUGUGACUUUGGGCUGGCGAGAUCAGCAGAGGAGAGUGACUACAUGACGGAGUAUGUGGUAACCAGAUGGUAUCGCGCCCCAGAGCUGCUGCUCAACAGCAAGGCAUACACAGCAGCCAUCGACCUGUGGUCCGUGGGAUGCAUCUUCAUGGAGCUGCUGAAUCGCGAGGCCCUCUUCCCUGGCAAGGACUAUGUGGACCAGCUGCGCCUCAUUACCUCGACCAUUGGGUCUCCAGACGAUUCAGACAUCUCGUUUCUCGAGAGUGACAAUGCGCGCCGCUAUGUGCGCUCGCUGCCCUUUGUACGCAAGCAGCCCCUCGCCGCUCGCUUCCCCAACAUGGCACCCCUCGCUUUGGACCUCAUGGAGCGGAUGCUGCUCUUUGAUCCUGCCAAGCGCAUCACAGGUGAGUGGCGACAAGACGCGCUGUAUGGGGAUGUGGCUGUAAGGGCAUGUGUGUGCUCCCCCCCAUUCGUACGCAAGCAGCCCCUCGCAUCCCGUUUCCCCAACAUGGCGCAACUGGCGUUGGACCUCAUGGAGAGGAUGCUGCUGUUAGAUCCCGCCAAGCGCAUCACAGUGGAGGAGAGUCUAGACCACCCAUAUCUCGCAAGUCUGCACGACAUCAGCGACGAGCCGGUGUGCCAUGCGCCGUUCACCUUUGACUUUGAGCACCCGGUGCUGCCUGAAGAGACCAUCAAGGACUUGAUAUGGGCCGAAGCCAGGUCGCUCAACCGCGACUUCUGA